AUGCAAUCUUUGAGCCGCCCAUCUUCAAUUUUGGCGCGAUCCGCCAAAAUCUUCCAAUCGGGCCGUCAAAUUUCGGCCAAACCACGGGCCGACGGCCCGGCCCCACCACCAAUCAAUCAAUUAUCCGAGGAGGAGAAUUCGAUUGUGGAUACAGGUAAGUAAGAAACCACGCGCUCCACCGAAAUAAACACGCAACGCAGACCGCGUCGCGCCACAACAAACACAAAAAAGGGAGGGAAUUUGAAUCGUUCGUGUGUGUUGUGGCGCGACGCGGUCUGCGUUGCGUGUUUAUUUCGGUGGAGCGCGUGACGCAUGUUUUCCCCGCCAAAACUUACAAAUUCAAAAAUGUUUUGCAGUCCGUCGCUUUGCUCAAAAUGUCAUCAAACCAUUGGUGCGCGAAAUGGACGACAAAUCACAAAUGCACCAAUCGGUCAUCACUGGCGCUUUUGAGAAUGGCGUGAGUUGGAUUUGUUGGCGCCAAAUUUGGAGGAUUUGAAUUUUUCGAGGAGAAAAUUGUGGAAAAUUUGAAUUUAAAGCCUAAAAAUGUUCAAAACAUCGAUUUUCAGCCUAAAAAUUUGUCUGAAAAUCAGAUUUUUGACCUGAAAACCUUAAAAUGAGCUGGAAAAUAGAGAAAAAACGAUUUUCAGCCUAAAAAUGUUGUCUGAAAAUCAGAUUUUUGACCUGAAAAACUUGAAAUGAGCUGGAAAAUUGAGAAAAAUCGAUUUUCAGCUGAAAACUUGUCUGAAAAUCAGAUUUUUGACCUGAAAAAACUUAAAAUGAGCUGGAAAAUUGAGAAAAAUCGAUUUUCAACUCAAAAAUUGUCUGAAAAUCACAUUUUUAAGUAGAAAACGCCUAAAUUAGCUGGGAAAAUUGAGAAAAAACGAUUUUCAUCUGAAAUUUUGUCUGAAAAACACAAAAAUUACAGAAAAUCUAUGAUUUUUGAUUAGAAAUUCACAGAAAAACCCAAUUUCAGAUAGAAAAUGACUGAAAAUUCACCUAAAACCUGAGUUCCAAUCAAAUUUUGUUGGAAACCCUAUUUUUGACCUGAAAAAUUGGUUUCUAGACUAGAAAUCCGUGAAAAACUUGAAUUUCGCCCAAAAAAGACGAUUCUAGACUGAAAAACUCCUGAAAAUCCCAAUUUUUCAGUUGAUGGGCGUCGAAAUCGCGGAAAAAUACGGCGGAACCGGUUCCUCGUUCUUCGACGCCGUUUUGGUCAUCGAAGAGUUGGCCAAAAUCGAUCCGUCGGUUUCGGUUUUUGUCGAUGUUCAGAAUACUUUGGUUGCGCCUUUGAUUAUUCAAUUGGGAACCGAAGAACAAAAACAAAAGUAUUUGCCGAAAAUUGUCAGCGAAUCGAUUGGAAGUUUUGCGUUGUCUGGUGAGGAUUUUGGGCGAAAUUUUGGGAAAAAAUGGAAAAUGCUACUGUUUGAUAUCAAAUUUGAUGAAAAACGAAGAAUUUUCUGAUUUUUUGAGUGUAAAUUCAAAAAAUUUCACUUUUUUGAAGUCUACAUUUCCUAUAAAAUAGCAAAAAUUCGAUUUUUGACCCAAAAUCUAUAUCGAAAUAUCGAUUUUCCAACUCGGGAACCUAAAAAUAAUGCUCCAAGGCCAAAAAAUUGGCAUUUUUUGAAUAAAAAACGCGAUUUUUGCUGUAAAGCCCCUCUAGGAGCGGCCCUUUGAAAACUAGGCUCUCUAGGCUUAGCUGCUUGAAAACUAGGCUCUCUAGGCUCAACCGCUUGAAAACUAGGCUCUCUAGGCUUAGCUACUUGAGGUAGAAGCUCUCAAGGCGCAUCUCCUAGACAAUUAGGGUCUCUAGGCUCAGCUGCUUGAAAACUAGGCUCUCUAGGCUCAGCUGCUUGCGUUAGAAGCUCACAAGGUUCAGCUCCUUGAGAAUUGAGCUCUCUAGGCUCAACUGCUUGAAAACUAGGCUCUCUAGGCUUAGCUACUUGAGGUAGAAGCUCUCAAGGCGCAUCUCCUAGACAAUUAGGGUCUCUAGGCUCAGCUGCUUGAAAACUAGGCUCUCUAGGCUCAGCUGCUUGAAAACUAGGCUCUCUAGGCUUAGCUUCUUGACGUAGAAGCUCUCAAGGCGCAUCUCCUAGACAAUAAGGUUGUUCUGGCUUCGCUACUCGAUAUUUUUCCAGAAGUAAGCAGUGGCUCCGACGCAUUCGCCCUCAAAACCACCGCCAAAAAAGAUGGCGACGACUUCAUCAUCAACGGCUCAAAAAUGUGGAUCACCAACGCCGGCCAUGCUCAAUUCUUCCUAGUCUUCGCCAACGCCGAGCCAGCAAAAGGCUACAAAGGAAUCACUUGCUUUUUAGUGGAUCGCAGUCAAGAAGGUGUUCAAGUUGGCAAAAAAGAGGAUAAAUUGGGAAUUCGAGCCAGUUCGACGUGUUCGAUUCAUUUCGACAAUGUUCGAGUGCAUAAAUCGGCGAUUUUGGGAGAAUAUGGAAAAGGUGAGGGGUUUUGCGGUGGGAAAAUUUGGAAAAAUCAUGAAAAAUCACAAAUUUUAGUCAAAAAAUUGUGAAAAUCAAGCUAAAGCUUGAUAAAAAUUGAAUUUUCAGCUAGAUUUUUGGCUAAAAGCCCUUCGGAAUUUGAAAAAUCACUUUCAGAAUUUUUUUUGUCUGAAAAUUUGAAUUUCAGAUUUUUAGCUAAAAAUCCCAAAUUUUCAGGCGUUUUUGAGCUGAAAAUCAUAAAAAAUCAUAAAAUUUGAAUUAGAAUUGAUGAAAAUUGUCAAUUUUUGAAUUUAAAUUCAAAAAAUCACUUUCAGAAUUUUUCAGCUAGAAAAUUUGUGAAAAUUUGGUUUGAUCAGCUGAAAAUCAUGAAAAAUCACAAAUUUUAGUCUAAAAAUCUUGAAAGUCAAGGUUUUCAAGCUUAAAUUUGAUGAAAAUUGAAUUUUCAGCUAGAUUUUUGUCUGAAAACUCUUCGGAAUUUGAAAAAUCACUUUCAGAAUUUUUUUUUGCUGAUUUUCAUGAAUUUUUGUCUGAAACUCUGAACUUCCAGCUAAAAAUCCCAAAUUUUCAGACGUUUUGAGCUGA